AUGAGAAGAAACAAUGGAUAUUUUGUCGAAAAAUCAGGUGUCAAGUUAGACAACAGAAAUGUUGUUCCAUAUAACAAAUAUCUGUUGAAAAGAUAUCAGGCACACAUUAAUGUUGAAUGGUGCAAUCAGGGAUCUUCCAUAAAGUAUCUGUUUAAAUAUAUAAACAAAGGUCCAGAUAGAGCUACAAUUGCUGUUGACAUCAACGCUGAUUCUAAUCACAAAAAGGUUGUCGAUGAAAUAAAAGAUUAUUAUGAUUGUAGAUAUAUAUCUGCAUGUGAAGCAUCGUGGCGAAUAUUUAAAUACGAUGUUCAUUACCGAUAUCCUUCUGUGAUGCGACUACCUUUUCAUCUUCCUGAUCAACAACAAGUCAUAUAUGCCGCAGACGAUGAUAUUGACGAUGUUCUUGAACAACCUUCAGUUGCUGCUUCUAUAUUCACAUCUUGGAUGGAAUGUAAUAAAAUUAAUAAAGAUGCACGAAAACUUACAUAUGUUGAAUUUCCUACAAAGUUUGUUUGGAAACCUGAUGAUAAGUUGUGGAAGCCAAGGAAAAUUGGACGUUCAAUAGGAAGGAUUCACUCUGUUUCACCUAAACUUGGCGAAGUCUACUUCUUAUGGAUUCUUUUAAAUAAAGUGAAAGGUCCAAAAUCAUUUGAAGAAAUUCGCACGGUAAACGGUGAAGAAUUUCCUACUUUUCGAGAUGCAUGCUAUGCUUUGGGCCUCUUAGAUGAUGACAAAGAAUACGUUGAUGCAAUUAAGGAAGCAAGUCAUCCAGGAACUGGUUUUUAUCUUCGUUUCUUAUUUGCUACAAUGUUAAUGUCUAACAGUUUGGGUAGACCAGAGUUUGUUUGGGAAAAUACAUGGCAACACUUGUCAGAUGGUAUUCUUUACAACCAACAGCGUAGAUUAAAAUCUCCAGGUUUAUCACUCAAUGAGGAUCAACUCAAAACCUGA